GCGGCUGGGGGAAAGUUGUCUUUUAGGAUGAGUUCAUUUAGAAAAUACAGUUGUUCUUCGGCUCGGGCGCUUCACUGUAAGAGUGAAUGAGGGAGCUUCCAGUUGCACUUGAGCUGCUUUUCCCCAUCGGUUUGGUCGCCCCAAGGACUACACUUUCUCUGGCAGAAGAAGGACAGCGGUCGGAAGUGACUUUGCAGAGGGCAGCCAGGCUGCAGAAUGGGAUCGUUCAGACGGCCCAGGCCUCGUUUUAUGAGCUCUCCGGUUCUGUCGGACCUGGCCCGGUUCCACGCCAGUUCCCCGGCUCUGCAGCUCUCCAACGCCAGCGUCUGGAACAGCGUCCAGUCAGCUGUGAUGAAGGUCUUCCAGGGGGGAGGACUGCAGGCUAAUGAACUCUACACGCUCAACGAGAGCAUCAGGUGGCUCCUCAAGACUGAACUGGGCUCUUUUAUCACUGACUAUUUCCAGAACCAACUGCUAACCAAAGGUCUGGACCAGGAGGUCUUGGAGAAGAUCCGCCUGCACCAGGGCGACAGCCAGAUCCUCAUCCUCUCGGACAUGUGGGCAACAUUUUUCACAGAGACCCUCCCCACACUGCAGGCUAUCUUCUACCCCGUCCAGGGUCAGGAGUUGACAGUGAGGCAGAUGGCCCUGCUGGCAUUCAGGGAUCUUGUCCUGUUGAAGCUCCACCUGGAGGAGAUCCUGGGCACUGCAACUAGCAUCCCCCCAGCCUUCACACAAAUGCUGCUGGUACUGCAGGGUGUCCAUGAGCCCAGUGGUCCCAGUAUGGAGUACUACCAGUUGGAGCGGUUGGUCGAAAUUGUAAUCUCUCCAUAUCUCAACAAUGUUCUUCACACCGGCAACCACCUGCUACUAGAUAAGUCCCAACAGGUCAACCCUAUGCCAGCAUUGGCCUAGCAAGGUUCAGGGCUGAUUUAAAACAGUAGAUGGCGUGUUGAGCCAUUUUCUACCCAGGAAAUGCUGAUUUUUAUAAAUUUGGUAAGAAAUGUCAAUGUCAAUAUUAACUUCAACAUUUAUUUGUUUCAUCGUUGUACAGUCAUAUCAUUCAGUUUACAGCUCAAAAAACACAUUGAAGUGUUCAGUACCUCUUUAACAUGCUCUUACAUGACUGUGCUUUUGACUGGCUGUCCUCCCUCUCUGUCCAGAGUCCCGCCAUCUGCGGUCACU